UAAUCAGCCCCUUUAUGACUGGAGGGCCUCCUCAACUCAUGAUGCCAUUGAGGGACCUGGAUUCGUGUUUCUAUUCCAUAAAAUUCUAAGCCAUUGGGUUCAUUCAUGGGGCAACUGACGGGCUACAGGACUCUGACUGUGGGGCUAGUCUUUGUGGUUUUGGUGAUCUGUCUCAUGAUGGCUUGGCCUAAGCCCAUCAAGAGUUGGCUCCCACCACCCCAUCCUGCCUCUAAAUGUGUCUCUGAGACCAUCGACUGGGACCUUCUCCCUCAAGAACUGACCAACCUGACCAGCCUUCUUUACUGGCCUCCAACUGGUGGAGACAGGGAUGACUUUUUGGCGUCUACCAGCCCCCAAACCUCCACGUACACCUUGAAGGGUCCUGCUCAGGCCAGCUAUACUCUGGGAAGUAACCUAGAGGCCAUCCUUGUGGCUAGGGAUCACCAGGGUAGGCCCAAGACUCAUGGUGGAGACCUGUUUCGGGCGAAGCUCCUGGGCCCAGAGUUGAGAGCAGGAGUCCCAGAGGUGACGGAUCUGGAGAACGGCACCUACCUCCUGUCCUUCCUGCUCUGGGCCGGGUGGGCCCAGGUGCAGGUGAGGCUGAUCCACUCGAGUGAGGCAGUCGGGGUCCUGCAGAGGGUCUGGAGAGAAAGACGGGCCACCGUUGACUUCAGAGGGUAUUUCCGAGGAAGGGACGGCACUCGAGAGACUGUUAUCUGCAACGUGGACCCUCAGUCAACUGGAGCCAAGGGGCCCACCUGCCGGUACAGAGACGUGGUCUCCGGGGAGGUCUGGUUCUGUGCUCAGCCCUCUGCUCUGCCCUGCAACGCUUUAGUAGGUCACUCGAGUGGGAGUUACCUGAAGGUGACCACACCGCGUGAUGAAGACCUGCUGGCUGGGCGUGUGACUGACCAGACACUCCCUUCAGGCAUAUCUCCAAUCCUGGUGACACCAGCAGCCACAGGAAACCUGAGUGAUCUGGCCUUGCCCUCAAGGCCCCCGUGCCGCCCUGGCCACCUGUCUCCAAAACCCUCCGGCUUCUACCACCAAGACAGAUGGCACGCGACAUUCUGCUCCAGCCGCUCCUUCCCCACUGUGGGCAGCAUCCUGAACUGCCUGGCUGGCCGCAUCGUCUACAUGAUGGGGGACUCCACACUUCGGCAGUGGUGGGAGUAUUUGCGAGACACGGUGCCCUCCCUGAAGCCAGUUGAUCUUCAUGUCCAAUAUCAGGUAGGCCCCCUGAUGAUUGUGGACACAACUCGGGGUGCAGUGCUGCACUGGAGGGCCCACAGCUGGCCCCUGCGCUCUCGUCACACCCCAGUGGCCUCCCUGCACUCUGUGGCCAGAGAACUGCAUGGCCUGGCUGGGGGACCCUACACCGUGGUGGUCCUGGGUAUGGGAGCCCAUUUUACCACUUUCCCUCCAUCCGUCUUUGCUCGAAGACUGGCAGGGAUUCGGGAAGCCGUGAAAGCCCUGCUGGACCGCGAGCCCAGUACUCUAGUGGUCAUCAAACUGGCCAAUACUGGCUACAAGUCCGUGUAUGGCAGUGACUGGCUCACGCUCCAGGUGAACAGGCUCCUCCGAGCUGCCUUUGUUGGUCUCCCAGUGGCCUUUGUGGAUGCUUGGGAAAUGACCUCCAGCCUGGCUGUGCCAGACAACAUCCACCCAAACAAGCUUAUUGUCCGCAACGAAGUGGACUUAUUUCUGUCCUUCAUCUGUCCCACCUGAGUGCGCCUGAGGGACCUGAGGCUGGAUGGAUGGAGAGCCUGAGUGUGGCCAUCGAAAAGAUGAACACCAAGUGGAAAACUGCAGUUACCCUGGCUGACCCACAGUGACACAUGGUCACCAAGGUUAUACAUUGCUCUGUGUGCCUCACAGAUGAAUCUAAUUUUAUAUAAAUGAGGUGAUGUUUUACAUAGUGUCUUCCUUUUGAAUGUAAUAAGCUGUGCAUUGUUAAGAGAAACCUUUUCCUUGAGUGAAGCCUUCCCGCCAGCCUGGUUCCAGAGCCGCAUCAGUCCCAAAUAAACACACAGGAGACUAUAUUAAUUAUGAA